AUGAGAGCUUUGAUAUUAGAGGCCGAUAUUGUUGUUCAGGUAUUUGUUCAGGUAUAUCGACCUGGAGUCCACGAUGAGUAUGGCUUGGGAUUGGAAGACAUCCUAGAUCUUUGCAAAGAUCGAAAUAGGGUAGUUAUAUAUGUCAGGGAAAUUAGCUACGGAUGGUACGGCCCGUGCUCAGGCAGAAGUGGUUGGCAACCCAUUAGCGACGCUCCCACCGAGGGUUCUGAACAUGCUGAGACCAAUUCGGGAACGGAGCUAUUCAAACAGGACGUUUUCAAGGAUAGGGAGUCUCAAUGUAUUGGAAAAGUCAUUCAUGUUGUUAAACAGGUGUUGCAGCUUCCAGAUGGAAAGGUAGAAUUAUGA